AUGGCCCUGGCCCUGUGUGUCUUCAGUCUGCUGGGCUCAGCCUGCUUGGUGUCGGCCAAUAUCUUUGAAUACCAGGUGGACGCCCAGCCUCUUCGGCCCUGCGAGCUGCAGAGGGACAGCGCCUUUCGGAAGCGAGCAGACUACGUCCCCCAGUGCGCAGAAGAUGGCGGCUUCCAGACCGUCCAGUGCCGGCGCGAUGGCCGCUUCUGCUGGUGUGUGGGUACCGAUGGCAGGGAAGUGCCUGGCAGCCGGCAGCCUGGGCGACCCGUGGCCUGUCUGUCCUUCUGCCAGCUGCAGAGGCAGCAGAUCUUGCUGAGCACCUACAUCAACAACACGGCUGCCUCCUACCUCCCUCAGUGUCAGGACUCAGGGGACUACACGCCAGUGCAGUGCGACGUGCGGCGGGAGCAAUGCUGGUGUGUGGACACAGAAGGGAUGGAGGUGUACGGGACCCGCCAGCAGGGGAGGCCCCGGCGAUGUCCAAGGAACUGUGAGAUAAGAAACCGCCGUCUUCUCCACGGGGUGGGCGACAAGUCGCCACCCCAGUGUUCCCCCGAUGGAGAGUUUAUGCCUGUCCAGUGCAAGUUCGUCAACACCACGGACAUGAUGGUUUUCGACCUGGUCCAUAGCUACAACAGGUUUCCAGAUGCAUUCGUGACGUUCAGUGCCUUCCGGAGCAGGUUCCCCGAGGUGUCUGGGUAUUGUCACUGUGCCGACAGUCAAGGGCGGGAGCUGGCUGAGACAGGUUUGGAGCUGUUACUCGAUGAAAUCUACGACACCAUUUUUGCUGGCCUGGGCCUCCCUUCCACCUUCACUGAAACCACCCUGUACCGGAUAUUGCAGAGACGGUUCCUAGCAGUUCAAUUACUCGUUUCUGGAAGAUUCCGGUGCCCCACAAAAUGUGAAGUGGAGCGGUUUACAGCGACCAACUUCGGUCACCCCUACAUGCCCAGCUGCCACCGAAAUGGAGACUACCAGGCAGUGCAGUGCCAGAGGGAAGGGCCGUGCUGGUGUGUGGACGCCCGAGGCGAGGAGGUCCAUGGGACUCGGCGGCAAGGGGGGCCUCCAUCUUGUGCGGAAGGCCAGUCCUGUGCCUCAGCGCGGCGGCAGGCCCUGUCCAGACUGCAUUUCGGGCCCUCCGGCUACUUCAGCCGGCACAACUGGUUCUUGGCUUCGGAGGCGAGACAGGUCUCUCAGAGGGCAGCUAGGUUGGCCACGUCCUGCCCACCCUCGGUCAAGGAGCUCUUUGUGGACUCGGGGAUUCUCCGCCCGAUGGUAGAAGGGCAGAAUCAACUGUUUUCGGCCUCCGAGACGCUCCUCAAAGAAGCCGUCCGAGUGAUUUUUCCCUCCCGAGAGCUGGCGCGCCUUGCCCUGCAGUUUACCACCAACCCAGUGCGGCUCCAGCAAAACCUCUUUGGAGGGAAAUUUUUGGUGAAUGUUGGCCAGUUUAACUUGUCUGGAGCCCUUGGCACGAGAGGCACGUUUAACUUCAGUCAGUUUUUCCAGCAACUCGGUCUCCCAGGCUUCCAGAAUGGAGGGGGACUCAUAGAUCUAGCCAAACUGGGACUGGAUUCGAAUCCUGCUGGGGAAACACCCGGCACCGCUAACCCCCGGAGUGCUAUGAAUAAGCCAAUUGUGGGCAGCUUUGGCUUCGAAAUCAACUUCCAAGAGAACCAAAAUGCCCUGAAAUCCCUUGCUUCGCUCCUGGAGCUCCCAAAAUUCCUUCUCUUCUUGCAGCAUGCUAUUUCUGUGCCAGAAGAUAUCGCGAGGGAUUUAGGUGACGUGAUGGAAAUGGCGCUCAGCUCCCAGGGCUGUGAGCAGACAGCUGGCAGGCUUUUCGUCCCAUCAUGCACAGCAGAAGGAAGCUAUGAGGAUGUCCAGUGCUUUGCUGGGGAGUGCUGGUGUGUGGAUUCCCGGGGCCAAGAACUUCCUGGCUCGAGGGUUAGAGGGGGACGACCUAGGUGCCCCACAGAGUGUGAAAAGCAAAGGGCUCAGAUGCAGAGCAUCUCGGCCAGGCAGCCAGCUGGGUCCAGUCUGUUUGUUCCUUCUUGUACCAGCGAGGGGCACUUCCUACCUGUCCAGUGCUUCAACUCCGAGUGCUACUGUUUUGACGCUGAGGGUCAGGCUAUUCCUGGAACUCGAAGUGUACCUGGAGAACCCAAGCAAUGCCCCACACCCUGUCAGUUACAGGCUGAGCAAGCCUUCCUCGGGGCAGUACGGUCCCUGGUGUCUAAUUCCAGUGAGCUGCCCACUCUCUCCAGUGUCUACAUCCCACAGUGCAGCACCAGCGGGAAGUGGAGUCGCGUGCAAUGCAACGGGCCCCCCGAGCAGGCCUUCGAGUUAUAUGAACGAUGGAGGGCUCAGAACAACGGUGGCCAAGAGCUGACCCUUGAUGAGCUGCUAAUGAAGAUCCUGAGCUAUAGAGAAGCAGCUUCUGGAAGCUUCCGUCUCUUUAUUCAACUUCUGUAUGAGGCUGGCCAGCAAGGCAUCUUCCCUGGGUUAGGCAGAUAUUCUUCUCUCGAAGAUGUCCCACAGGCAGUGUUGGAAGGGAACCGGACCCAGCCUGGACAGAGUACGCUGCUGGAGCCCUACCUCUUUUGGCAGAUCCUAAGUGGUCAGCUCGGCCGCUACCCAGGGCCCUACUCAGACUUCAGCACUCCUCUGGCCCACUUCGACCUUCGGACUUGCUGGUGUGUGGAUGGAGCUGGUCAGGAACUAAAAGGAACCCGGAUGGAGCCAAGCAAGCUUCCAGCAUGCCCAGGUUCCUGUGAGGAAAUGAAACUUCGUGUUCUGCAGUUCAUUCAGGAAACAGAAGAGAUUGUCUCGGCUUCCAACAGUUCCUGGUUCCCUCUGGGAGAGAGUUUCCUAGCGGCCAAGGGCAUCCGGCUGACCAAUGAGGAGCUCGCCCUUCCUCCACUCUCCCCAUCCCGGGAGACGUUCUCAGAGAAGUUUCUGAGCGGGAGCGAUUAUGCCAUCCGUCUGGCAGCUCAGUCUACCUUUGACUUCUAUCAGAGACGGCCCCGGGGAGAUUCUUCACCGGCAUCCGCCCUUCUGCAGUCCGGCCCCUACGUGCCCCAGUGUGAUGCGCUUGGAAACUGGGAGCCCGUGCAGUGCCAUGCCAGGACGGGGCACUGCUGGUGCGUGGACGGGAAGGGAGAGUACGUGCCUGCCUCGCUGACUGCCCGCUCCCCACAGCGCCCCCAGUGCCCCACCGCCUGUGAGAAGUCUCGAGCCACUGGGCUGCUUUCCAGUUGGAAACAAGCUGGGGACCAAGGAAACCCGUCUCCAAAAGACCUGUUCAUCCCAACCUGCCUAGAGACAGGAGAGUUUGCCAGGCUGCAGGUGUCGGAGGCUGGCAUCUGGUGUGUGGACCCGGCCUCAGGAGAGAGCACCCCACCUGGCACUCAUGGCAGUGCCCAGUGCCCUGGCCUCUGUGAAGCGCACAAGAGUGGCGUCCUCUCUGGGAGCGCCAGCCCAAGCUACAUGCCGGCCUGCAGGGCAGAGGACGGAGGCUUUUCCCCAGUGCAAUGCGACCCAGCUCAGGGCAGCUGCUGGUGUGUCCUGGCCAGCGGAGAAGAGGUGCCAGGGACCCGCGUGGCCGGGAGCCAGCCGGCCUGUGAGAGCCUUCAGUGCCCACUGCCGUUUGACGUCUCAGAUGUGGCUGGUGGAGUGAUCCUGUGUGAGCGAGCCUCGGGCCCAGGAGGGGCCGUCCAGCAGUGCCAGCUGCUGUGUCUCCAGGGCUACUGGAGUGUGUUCCCACCAGGGCCACUGGUGUGCAGCCUCGAGAGGAAACGCUGGGUGUCAGAGCCGCCUCAACCCCAGGCCUGCCAGAGGCUCCAGCUGUGGCAGACCCUCCAGACCCAAGCACAGUUCCAGCUCCAACUCCCACCGGGCAAGACAUGCAGUGCUGACUACGCGGGGGUGCUGCGGGCUUUCCAGGUCUUCAUAUCAGAUGAGCUCACGGCCCGUGGCUUCUGCCAGAUCCAGGUGAAGACUUUUGGGACCUCCAUUUCCAUUCCCGCCUGCGAUGACUCCACAGUGCAGGUGGAGUGUCUGACCCCGGAGCGUUUAGGAGUGAAUGUCACGUGGAAACUGCAGCUUGAAGAUGUCCCACCAGCCUCUCUUCCUGAUUUGCAUGACAUCGAGCAGGCCUUUGUGGGCAAGGGUCUCGUUGGGCGCUUCGCAGAUCUGAUCCAAAGUGGAGAGUUCCAGCUUCAUCUGGAUUCCAGCACGUUCCCAGCGGACACCUCCAUCCGCUUCCUCCAUGGGGAUGGCUUUGGCACAUCUCCCAGGACACAAUUUGGGUGCUUGGAAGGAUUCUACCUGGUGUCGGCCACCAGCAACGCCAGUCGGGAGCCACUGGGGUGCGCUAAGUGUCCUGAAGGGAGCUAUUUUCAGGAUGAGCAAUGUAUUGCCUGUCCUGUUGGAUUCUACCAAGAACGAGCAGGGAGCUUGAGCUGUGUCCCAUGUCCCAAGGGCAGAACGACCAUCUCGGCUGGAGCUUUCAGCCAGACUCACUGUGUCACUGACUGUCAGAGGAAUGAGAUGGGCCUGCAGUGUGACCAGGACGGCCAGUACCGAGCCAGCCAGAGGGACAGGGACAGUGGGAAGGCCUUCUGUGUGGACGGCGAGGGGCAGAGGCUGCUGUGGUCAGAAACGGAGGCCCCGCUUGUGGACGCCCAGUGUCUGAUGAUGCAGAAAUUUGAGAAGGCUCUAGAAUCUACGGUGGUCUUCAGUGCCGACGCGGCUGUGGGCGUCAGGUCCAGGGUCCCUGAUUCUGAACCCGCGCUGAUGCAGUGCUUGGCAGACUGUGCUCUGGACGAGACCUGUAGCUUCCUGACAGUGUCCACGGUGGGACCAGAUGUCUCGUGUGAUUUCUAUGCUUGGACAAGUGACAACAUCGCCUGCACAACCUCUGGUCAGGAUCAGGACACAUUGGGGAACUCGAAGGCCACCAGGUUUGCACGUCUUAGCUGCCAGGUGAAAGUGAGGGGCAGGGAUCAGGACCCUCUGGCUGUUUAUUUGAAAAAGGGCCAAGAAUUCACCACAACAAGUCAGAAGAGGUUUGAACCAACUGGUUUCCAAAACACACUCUCUGGACUGUACAGCCCUGUCAUGUUCUCAGCCUCCGGAGCCGAUCUGAGGGACGUUUAUCUCUUCUGCGUUCUCGCGUGUGACCGUGACUCGUGCUGUGAUGGCUUCAUCCUCACGCAAGUCCAAAGAGGUAUGAUAUCCCUGGAAGGAACUCCGGACACCUUUACCAGUUUCCAGCAGGUUUAUCUCUGGAAAGAUUCCGACAUGAACACCCGGUCUGAGUCUAUGGGAUGCAGAAGAGACACGGACCCAAGGCCAGCUUCUCCAACGGAAUCAGAUGACAUGCCAGGCUGCAUCCAGGAGCCCUCUUUCUGUCAGCUGGCGGAGAUAAGAGACAGCGCUCCCUUGUACUUCACCUGCACCCUCUACCCAGAGGCCCAGCUGUGUGACGAUGUCCUGGAGUCCAGUCCCAGGGGCUGUAGACUGACCCUGCCCCACAGGCCAACAGCCUUGUUCCGGAAGAAAGUUGUACUGCAAGAUAAAGUGAAGAACUUUUACACUCGCCUGCCAUUCCAAAAACUGAUGGGGAUCUCCAUUAGAAGCAAAAUUCCCAUGUCCGACAAGUCCGUGUCCAGUGGCUUCUUUGAGUGUGAACGACAGUGCGAUGUGGACCCAUGCUGCGUCGGCUUUGGCUUUCUAAAUGUUUCCCAGUUAAAAGGAGGGGAGGUGACGUGCCUAAUUCUGAACAGUUUGGGGCUUCAGACAUGCAGUGAGGAAAAUGGAGGAACCUGGCGCAUUUUGGACUGUGGCUCUGCUGACACUGAAGUCCACACCUAUCCUUUUGGAUGGUACCAGAAACCUGUGGCUCAAAAUGAUGCUCCCAGUUUUUGUCCUUCGGUGAUUCUGCCUCCCCUCACAGAGCAAGUCACUCUGGACUCGUGGCAGUCCCUGGCCCUCUCUUCCGUAAUUGUUGACCCGUCCAUCAGGAAUUUCGAUGUGGCCCAUGUCAGCACUGCUGCCACCCGUGACUUCUCAGCUGCCCGAGACCUCUGUCUGUUGGAAUGUUCCCGACACCAGGCCUGCCUUGUCACUGCUCUGCAGACCCAACCUGGCGCUGUGAGGUGUGUGUUCUAUCCUGACACCCAGAUCUGCACUCAUAGCCUGCAGGCCCAGAACUGCCAACUUCUGCUCCGUGAAGAAGCCACCUAUAUCUAUCGGAAGCUGAAUAACCCUCUGCUUGGUUUUGGAACCUCUGCACCUUUUGUGACCAUCGCCACCCACGGCCGCCUGCUGGGCAGGUCCCAGGCCAUCCAGGUGGGCACUUCAUGGAAGCAAGUGGACCAGUUCCUGGGAGUACCAUAUGCUGCCCCGCCCCUGGCAGAGAGCCGCUUCCGGGCACCAGAGCGCUUGAACUGGACAGGGUCCUGGGAUGCCACCAAGCCACGGGCCAGCUGCUGGCAGCCAGGCAUUGGACCGUCCACCUCUCCAGGAGUCAGCGAGGACUGCUUGUAUCUCAACGUGUUUGUCCCUCAAAGUGUGGCCCCCAACGCGUUUGUGCUGGUGACCUUCCACAACACCAUGACAGGCAGGGGGAGCGACGGGCGCCUGGCCUUGGACGGCUCCCUCCUGGCUGCUGUUGGCAACCUCAUCGUGGUCACCGCAGGCUACCGAGUGGGCGUCUUCGGCUUCCUGAGUUCUGGGUCCCCCAAGGUGAGUGGCAACUGGGGGCUGCUGGACCAGGUGGCGGCACUGACCUGGGUGCAGGCCCACAUCGGAGUGUUUGGCGGCGACCCUCGGCGAGUGGCCCUGGCAGCCGACCGCGGCGGGGCUGACGUGGCCAGCAUCCACCUUCUGACCACCGGGGCUGCCGGCUCCAGGCUCUUCCGGAGAAUUGUGCUGAUGGGUGGCUCCGUGCUGUCCCCCGCUGCUGUCAUCAGCCAGGAGAGGGCUCAGCAGCAGGCAGCUGCUUUGGCAGAGGAGGUCAGCUGCCCCACCUCGUCUGUCCAAGAAAUGGUGACCUGCCUCCGCGAGAAGCCCGCCAACGUCCUCAAUGAUGCCCAGACCAAGCUCCUGGCUGUGAGUGGCCCUUUCCACUACUGGGGUCCCGUGGUCGAUGGGCAGUACCUCCGAGAGACUCCAGCCAGAGCGCUGCGGAGGUCUCCACGGGCACAGGUCGAUCUGCUCCUCGGGACUUCUCAGGACGACGGGCUCAUCAGCAGAGCAAAGGCUGUGAAGCAAUUUGAGGAAAGUCAAGGCCGGACCAGUAGCAAAACAGCCUUUUACCAAGCGCUGCAGAAUUCCCUGGGAGGUGAAGACCCGGAUGCCGGAGUGCAGGCUGCUGCCACGUGGUAUUACUCCCUGGAGCACUCGGCGGAUGACUACGCCACCUUCUCCCGGGCCUUGGAGAACGCCACCCGAGACUACUUCAUCACCUGCCCUGUGGCAGAUAUCUCCAGGGACUGGGCCAGAGGUUUGAAAGACAAGCUGUUCCCCUUCCACCACCCUUAGAGCUGGCGGCACAACAGCCUGGAGCUGCUGGCCGAUGUUCAGUAUUUCUUUGGGCUUCCCUUCCACCCUGCCUACGAGGGGCAGUUUACUCUGGAGGAGAAAAGCGUGUCCCUGAAAGUCAUGCAAUACUUUUCCAACUUCAUCCGAUCUGGAAAUCCCAACUACCCUCAUGAGUUCUCGAGGAAAGCACCUGAGUUUGCAGUGCCCUGGCCGGACUUUGUCCCCGGUGCCAAUGGCGAGAACUACAAGGAGUUCAGUGCCCUGCUCCCUAAUCGACAGGGCCUGAAAAAGGCUGACUGCUCCUUCUGGUCCAAGUACAUCCGGUCUCUGAAGGCAUCAGCAGAUGAAGCCAAGGAUGGGUCACAGGCACAGAGCGAAGAGGAGGACCAGCUGGCCGGCUCUGGCCUGAGGGAAGACCUCCCAGACCCAGUCCCCAAGAGCUACAGCAAGUGACCGGCCCGAGACACCCCCACCCACCCUGCCAGCCCCACCCCAGGCUGUCGCCCUGGGCGCCUUAUUCUCUGAAACAGCCAC